AUGCUCUUCUAUCAAAUUCGAAGUCAAAGUGCAUACGGCACAAACGGUAACACUAUUAAACUAUCAUACGAUGAGAAGUGCAGUACAGAAGCAUUCGGCAAGGACGCAUCGAGCCAGAUUGCUCCUGAUCUGGAAAAGCUUCUUGACUCUUUCAACGGGAUCGACUUUGAUGGGUUGAUUCAAUUCGGUUGUUAUUUUCAUUCUGCAAAAGAUUCAGCUGGCUUACACCACAGAAAGAAAGGAGUGUUCAUGCAACCGGAAAAUCCCAUUGAACAUACUUGA